CUAGACAAAGGUAUUAUUUGAUAUUUGGAAACUCUAAGUCCGCAGUUAUAUUAGAUCAUCUUCAAAGUAGCUUAGCUACAACAACUCUAACACGCUCACUCCCCAGUUUUGAGGUUUACGCCACACCCCCUUCCAGGUCUUCCAUUGCGAAUUGUCAAGAUGCCGACCCCUUUAGACAAAGCUCUGAACUCGAAAACCACAUUCUUUGCCUUCACUGGCAUCGUAACAGCAGUUGCAGCAUGGGCAAUAUUGGGUCCUGGGGAUAUGUUCCCACGGGAAGAAGAUCCUUCUGGUGAUCCCGAGACUUGGACCAGGGAGGAGAUGCGGAGGUGGCUAGCUGCUAGAAACCUACAUCCAAAUUCCAAGGACACCAGGGAGGAGCUACUUGAAAGAAUUAGAGCCAAUAUGCGGACACCGAGGACGUGAGACGUUGGUGUGGGAACGCCUCAAAAUGUUGUCCCUGUCUUUCUUCAAUUCUGCCGCACCUUGCUCGCUGAAGAAAUUUAGAUUCUUCCAUUGGAAAUUAUGCCGAACUGUCUGUUUCAUCAAUUGGGUAGUUUGGGGCUACCCAUCAUUACGAGUGUAAUCACAGACAUAAACACAGGCAUAGGCAUAUAAGCAUGGAGAUCAGUUUUCGAUAUCUAGAACUAUAUAUGAAGGCUCUACAGAUCAGAUCUCUGCACCACAAAGCAUAGAUCUACACCAAGCACCCCCCUACUAGACCUCUGUAGAACUCAUCCCUUUAACUC